AUGCCUGCCCCCGGAGCUGGUCACGAAUUCCCGGCCCAGGAGGUCUCCUGGCAGAAGCGCGAUGUCUUACUCUUCGCCAACAGCAUCGGCUGUAAGGCCGAUGAAUUGCAGUUCCUCUAUGAGUUGCACCCCAACUUUGCUGUGUUCCCGACCUACCCCCUUAUUCUCCCUUUUAAGCUCACUGACCAGGAGGUCACUGAUUUCUAUGCCCGCCAAAAGGCAACCCAUAUUCCUGGGGUUCCGGCCCUGGAUCACCGCCAUGGUGUUGACGGCCAGCGCAAGCUGACUGUUCUGAAGCCCCUGCCUCCUACCAGUGCUGGACGUACAUUCGAGCUACGUAACAAGGUCAUCGGUGUAUACGACAAGGGCAAGCCCGGUACCGUGGUGGAAACCGAGCAGUCCAUUGUCGACAAGGCAACAGGCGAUGUCUACUCAAAGGUUCUGUCUAGCGGUUUCUUGGUUGGACAGGGCGGCUGGGGUGGCCCUAAGGGUCCUACUACUGUCAACUUCCCUCCCCCUCAUGGUAAGGCUCCUGAUGCCGUGCACGUCGUCCAGAGCAACAUGGAGACCGCACACCUGUACCGCCUCAAUGGAGACUACAACCCUCUUCACGCUACCCCUGAACCAGGCCAAAAGAUGGGCUUCGGCGGCAUUAUCAUCCACGGUCUGUUUAGCUGGAACUCAGCCGCACACGGAAUCCUGCGUCUUCUUGGCGGGGGCGAUCCGGCCAACCUGAAAGAGUUCCAGGCUCGUUUUGCCUCGCCUGUUCGACCGGGUGAUAAGCUCACCACUGAGAUCUGGCGCUUGGGUAAUGCUGGACCUGAUGGAUUCGAGGAAAUUCGAUUCGUCACUAAGAACCAAAACGACAAGGUUGUUUUGAGUAAUGGGCGGUGUUUGUUGAAGGUUACUGUGGCGAAGAGCAAGCUGUGA